GGGAGGGGGGCGCUGCCUGCGCCCCGGGGCAGGGGCCGCGAGCCCCCGGUCAAGGGGAAGAUGCGGGGCCCCAGGGCUCCCCUAGACCCACUCUCGGCAGCCGCGCCUGGAGAUCCCGGUCCUCGCGACCAAGGGCUGUCGCAGGGUUCGCGGGGCCCCUGCCGCUGACUACCCUAUUAGAGCUCGGGGACCUGCCGCCGUCCUGCCUCCCUCCUCUUCCCAGCUGGGGCUAGGGCUCUGGACCGCCCGGAGUGCGGGAAUUGGGGAGGGGGUCAGCGCAAGAGGAGAGGGUGAGUCGCCCCCCACCAGUGGACCCACGGGCUCAGCGACCCCCCAUGUAGACAUUAGGAGCCCCCCCCUUCUCCCCGGAGCCCUCCUCCCACGCGGCUUGUGGGGGCGUCUCGACCCUGCAGGAGGACUCCCCCGGCUGAGAGAGGCAAAGCCCCCAAACAGAGGGCAGGGUGUGGCCCCCACCCUUAGCCCACGGACUGAGCCCUCCUGCACUGCCAGCCUCGGGGCUGAGGACAGGCUCCUGGCCCAGCGCUCUGAGCUGCCGCCUCCCCAGCCUGAGCAAGUCGCUCCCCAGCAGGCCUGCUCCCCAGUGCUAGGCCGGGUGCUGAGCACAAACUUGGUGGCCUCUGGCCUAUUCCAGCCCAGGGAGAUCCUGGAAAGAGAUCCUGGCAGGAUCAGCGCCGGGCUGCUCCCUGCCAACAAGCCUGUAAACAAGGCUCCCUAGCAGACUCUGGGCAGCUCUGCCUCUCUGAACCUCAGUCUCCUUAUCUGUGAAAUGGGGAAUGAGAGCCCUUCCCUUGCAGCGUUGCCAGGAGGAUGGGGUGAGUGGAUGAUGCGUAGUGUGGCUUCCUGCACACCUUCCUCGAUAUUAGAGGGAAGUGACUAGGUUAGGUGUCCGAGAAGGGGCAGUGUUUCAUUCACAAGCUCGAGGUGAGGAAGGCUUCCAACAAUGAAUAACCACAAGACUAGCAGCUACUGACAGGCACUGACCGAGCACUUUCAAGCCCCGUGAUUCCCUUGCCACAUCUGCUCGAAUCCUUUCAACAACCCCGUGUGACCCCACAUCCCUGCCCCCUGGGCCACCUGCAGGACGCCGGCCCCUGCCCCUCAGCAGAGGCCGGAGAGAGAUGAGUAGCAACAAAGAGCAGCGCUCAGCAGUGUUCGUGGUUCUCUUCGCCCUCAUCACCAUCCUCAUCCUCUACAGCUCCAACAGUGCCAAUGAUGUCUUCCAUUAUGGCUCCCUGCGGGGCCGCACCCGCAGGCCGGUCAACCUCAAGAAGUGGAGCAUCACUGACGCGUACGUCCCAAUUCUUGGCAACAAGACACUGCCCUCCCGGUGCCACCAGUGUGUGAUUGUCACCAGCUCUAGCCACCUGCUGGGAACCAAGCUGGGCCCCGAGAUUGAACGAGCCGAGUGCACAAUCCGCAUGAACGACGCGCCCACCACGGGCUACUCAGCCGACGUAGGCAACAAGACCACCUUCCGUGUGGUAGCCCAUUCCAGCGUAUUCCGUGUGCUGCGGAGGCCCCAGGAGUUCGUCAACCGGACCCCUGAAACUGUGUUCAUCUUCUGGGGGCCGCCGAACAAGAUGCAGAAGCCCCAGGGCAGCCUUGUGCGUGUCAUCCAGCGGGCAGGCUUGGUGUUCCCCAACAUGGAGGCCUAUGCCGUCUCUCCCGGCCGCAUGCGCCAAUUUGACGACCUCUUCCGGGGUGAGACGGGCAAGGACAGGGAAAAGUCCCAUUCGUGGUUGAGCACCGGCUGGUUCACCAUGGUGAUUGCAGUAGAGUUGUGUGACCACGUGCACGUCUAUGGCAUGGUCCCCCCCGACUACUGCAGCGGCCCCGCCGCCAGCGCAUGCCCUACCACUACUAUGAGCCCAAGGGGCCAGACGAGUGUGUCACCUACAUCCAGAAUGAGCACAGCCGCAAGGGCAACCACCACCGCUUCAUCACCGAGAAGAGGGUCUUCUCCUCCUGGGCCCAGCUGUAUGGAAUCACCUUCUCCCACCCCUCCUGGGCCUAGGCCGCCCUGCCUGUGGACCUCUCACGGGGGCGCGCCAGAGGCCGCUCUCCUCCCAGCCACUCAACCAAGGGCCAUCUCCUGGCCAAUCAAGGCUGGCCGGAGUGUCUUCGGGCCAAUCAGGGCCUUGUAUCCUCCAGCCAGUGUGGGCCUGGGGGUAUCUCUUGACCAAUCAGGGAUUUCAGCUAUGUGGUUAAUCAGGGGUGUUGGAGGUAUUUCUUGUCCAGUCAGGGUCUGAGCAUAGUCAAUCAGGGUAUUUCUGAAGUUAUCUGAGGCUAAGGACAUGUGCUUUCCCACGAGGCCUUGGUUCAGAGCCCCAGGAUGGACCCCCCCAACAUUCCCUGUUGGCUGGGACAAGGGGGUCCUGUCCGGAGCUGGGAGCUCUGUGCUGCUCCCUCACUUCCCAGAGCCAGAAAGAGAGGGUUGCACGGGAGUGGGAGCUGUGUCCGGAGGCCAGGCCAGGGCAUUUGUGGGGUGCUUGGGGGGGGCGGUGGCUCCUAGAGGUGGGAGCCAGCAUCCGGGUCUUGGCUCUGCCCUGAGUGGCUUUGGACAAAACCCUUGCCCCCUCUCUGGUCGCCAUCCUGCCUGUGUCAGGUUCUAACGUGGAGUCUGAGGCCCCCUCCUAAUUUCCCCACUGACCUCCUUGGGUCUGUCUUCCCUAAGACUGGACCCCUCCAGCACCACCCCUUGCUGGGGGGCUCAACUCCCUGGGAGUCUAGAGUCCCCUUCCUCACCUCCUCCUGGAAACUUAGGGUAUUUUUGCGUAAACUCCCACAGGGUUUGGGGGGGAGUCUAAUAGGAAAGGGACAAACCUUCAGCUGUUUUCUUAGUCCCUCCACUCAGCUGCCAUUAGUUUGGCUCUUAAAGAGCCAGGCUCCCUUUUCUGCCAUCCAGCAGUGAGGCUUUCCACCUGUUGGAGUAGCCUUUGGGGCUGAGAAAGGGGAAUCCCAGCCACACUGGGGUUUCAUGCAGUCCCUUUGUCUGCAGCUGCUGGAGUCGUCCAAGGGUCUCCCCUCAGCUGGGCCUGGGAAGGCUCUCAGGGGACCAGGAGCCACGUCGCCUGGGUCCUGCCCCCUCACUCUACAUCAGGCACUUUUUUGCUGGACCUCAGUGGGGUGGGCUUGCCCCUGCUCUUCCAGAGCCUGGAAGGGAAGACUGGAGGGCUUCCUGGAGGAGGCUGUGGAGCCGGAGGGGUCAGGUGGAGGAGGAAGAGGCCAGCAGCAAGCCUUUGCACAUUGGGGUGGGGGCUGGGAGCCGGCGACUACCCCACACUUGGUUUUGUAACGAUUUGUACAGGAAUAAAUGCACCUAAGCUCUG